GGGAAGGAUCCUCGAAGAGCUCUCAUUCCCAACAUACCAUCCUCACAGGAGACCUGUGAGCCCCCCACUCUCUCCAGCUGUUGGCUGAAACUUAGCUACUUUGCCACUGAUGGCACAGCAUAGGCCAGGCUGUGUUGGGGGACAGGGACUCAUGUGGCACUGUGCACAGGUACGUUGUCCAGGUCUGUGCUGCCUGGCACGAGCUUUUCAGGCUUCUGUUGAGAGCACAGUGGGAUGGCAGGGUGGACAAAAGGAACUGCAGCUCUAGAACACCCUGGUCAAAUUGAAUUGGACUUUCACAUGCUAAUUACCAAACAGUGGCCAGCACAGGACUGAGCACACCCACUUCAUACCACAAACCGACUGCUCUUUGAGGCAUUUCCAACUUGCUAGAAGACACACCUGGACAGAACUGACCCAGGCAGCCUGGAGGACCCUGUCAAGGGUCACCCACUGCCCUCAGGGCAUAUGGAAAGAGGACCAGAAUCACAGGAAGGCAAUUUCUAGGCACAGGGAAUGGAGAAGCAUAUGGCUCACUCCAGCUUGGCCCAUGUACUUGGAAAGGGGAAAGCUAAGGGGCAGUUCCUUGCCGGGAUACAAGAAUAGCCUCAUGGUGAAAUGAAGGUGGUGGGGUCUCCUUGGGGACCCUAACCCAGCCUGCUUGUUCCUGGGGGCAGCACAGGGCAGUGUGUGCCACCAUGCCUCAAGCAACCCAACCACCCUUUGCUUUGCCAUGUGCCUAAGGACAGCACUUGCAUGGGGGUUUACUAGGCCUGACAAGCCAGCUGGGACACCAGCAGAUAAUCUCUGCCUUGCUGGGGACAGUCCCCCAGCAGGGUCAGGCACACUUGCCAUAGAGGAGUGGAAAAUUCCUCUCACUGUGCAGGCACUCCCCACAGCCUGGGCACAUCAGCUGUCAUCCUGCAGGACUUGGCAUGCCCUGGAGUGUUUAUCAACACCAUUUCGCAAGAGCCAUGGCACACAGCCUGGCAGGGGCACGCAAGCUGCUUGGGCAACUGGCUCUGCUGAAAGCCGUGCUCUUGAGAAACUUUCCAGGCUGGGAGUCUGGUGUGGAUUGAUGUCAUGUGAGUGGCCAUCAGCACCUUCUCCUUUCUGGCCUCCAGAGUUCAAUGACAGAGCUGUGAGCUUUGGUCUGGGCCCUCUCUCAGUCCUACAGAAUCCUUCCCGUGGUCUCACCUGGCAGGGUUGGAAAUGACCUCAGCACUGGUUCCCCACUCACCCAGGGCAUUCUGCUCCAUCCUCACAGGGUAUAUGGCUUGGGGAAGGAGGUGCCCUACUCCCUCCAAGGGGUUUGGAGGUAUCAGCUAGAGCAACAGCAUAAUUGUGAUGACAGCACAUCUGGCUGAGGGCUGCCCCCCAGGCAUAGACCAGUGGCUGCAUGAUGCCUGAGAGAUGACAUAGCAGGGCCAGCCUGUCCCCAGUUAACUCCAGAUGUGCACAACUGACACAAUCCCCUCAGGCAGGGAAGAAAGCAGGCACAUCCUGGACUACACUGGCUGGACAGGACAGGGGGCAUGGAGUUCCAAUCAGGCCCUGGGAGCCAGAGCAAGCCCUGCAGUUGCCUGGCCAGGGCUGGCUAUGCCCACCCAACUCCAUGGUGCUGUACAUGGCCAUCAUCAGUAGGUGCAGCAGCUGGAUGUCAAGAAGGCACAGGGCACGCGUGUUCUGCUUCUCUGGAGGCACCGUGGAAUCCAGGAGAUGUCUUAGCUGCUCUUGAAAUGUCAAGAUGCACCUCAAAGCCUUACUUAACUGGGAAAUGGGUGAUGGGUUUGUGGGGUGGGUGUCACUUCCUCAGGGUAAAGCAGCAAAGCACGCCCCUGCCCAGCCUUUCCAAAGGGGCAGGAGCUCCACUUGGCACCAAGGGGCUGCGAAGCACAGCCUUCCCCAGCAGACAAGGUCCCUCCAAUGGAACCGGGGGACAGGGCGCAGAUGGGGUGCUCCUGGAGUGGGAACCAUCUCAGGAAGGCCGGCUGACUCCUGAAGCAUCGCACAGAGCCUGCCCCAAUUCCAGUGCAGCUGGAGCAGCAGCAGCGAACAGGCUCCGUGCAGCCGCCAAGAUGUUUGCUGGAGCAGAGGCACGCAUAAACAGUUUGUUGAAUCGAGGGCUCGGAGCGAACGCGGUGUACCCUGGCUCGGUGCGGAGGGAGCAGCUGCGGCCGGGCGGGGCAGGGCCGGGGCCAGCGAUCGGCGGUGGCGGAGCGACCUCCGGCGGCCCGGUCCCGCAGCCGGCGGUGACAGCCGUGCUCCGUCCCAGCAGCCGCUCCCGAGGGGCUGUCCCCGGGCUCCGGCCGCUCCCGAGGGGCUGUCCCCGGGCCCCGGUCGCUUCCAGCGGCUGUGCGGUGCCAGGCUCGCUUCGGCCGUGCCGGAGCCGCGGGCGAGCCCUGAGCUGGGCUGCCCGUGGCUCUUUGGGUGUUGUAGGGAGAGAGCCCAAGGCCUCGGCAGUGGCCCUGCCGUGUUCUCACCCGGGCAGGAUGGGAUCCCUUCCUGCCCUCCUGGGAAUGAGGUGUUGGGGACCUCCCGUGUCCCAGCAGGUCCCCUGCUCACAGCAAGGAGAGGUCAGAGCUCUUUCUGUGCAAGCGCCGAGCGAGCAGCACGGGCACCCGACAUCUGCUGAUGGAUCCCGGGCCGGCACGCGAGAAAACGGCGGAUGGAAACAUGGAGCACAGAAUCCCUCCGUGGUGGAUCUGGCUAAGGGCAAGAUUGGGGGAACUGCCAUCAAAUUCAUGAUUUUUCUUCUGAGAUCAGCUUGGAAUUAAGCAUCUGAGGUGUUUUUUGUGCCUUGAGGACUAGAUCGAGAAGAGCUUUGGAGAAUGCUGUGAAGGCAGCCUGACUGAUAUUGCCAAUCAGCUCACACCUCUUCUUCCCGCCAGCCUCACGCUCGGCUGCCAAGCCUGUCCCAUGGCUUCCCGGGCAAUUAGUGCUUACAACACACAUCCACACAGCCAGCAGAACCACUCCAGCUUUCCAUGUGUCCUUGAUAACUUCCUGUGCUUUUUUAACACUUUGGUAGUAAUGAAAUGGCUGAUGAUAAUGACAAGCAUAAAAUCCCAGAGUGCAAG